CCGUCGCGCGGAGCCCUGAGUUCGAGUCCCCGCGUCGGCCGCCAUGGCAGACGCGCAGCCGGAGGCUGAGGGCGGCGGCGGCCGGGCCCCUCCGGGCCAGAGCCGCAGCGCCGCACGCAUGGCCCCGCUGGGCCCCGAGCAGCUGCGGCGGGUCCUGGAGCAGGUGACGAAGGCGCCUGUGGUGCUGCAGGACGCGGCGCGGCGGCUGCGGGACGCGGCCCAGCAGGCCGCCCUGCAGCGGGGUCCCGGCGCCGAGCCCCCGCGCCCGCCGCGCCUGCUGCCGCCCCAGCAACUGGAAGCCAUUUGCGUCAGGGUGACGUCUGGGGGCGAUCGAGAUCAGGAAAGGCCAGUGACCGUCCUGGCCACCAUCCGGCCCCAAGCAGCAAGACAGGACCAGCUGCCCGGGAGGAAUCCCUGCCUGGUGGGGCCCCGCGCCACCAGCCCUCAGCUGCUGAGAGGACAACCACUCCUGAAGGCCAGGCCACAGCCCCCCGCUCCUCAGUUGUUGGUCCAGAGGCCAGUCCCUGCCAAGAGAGCCCCUGGCCCACCUGCAGUAACGUCUGCCUCAGCCAGUUCAGCACAUUCAUUUAUUUCCAACUCACCUACAGAGCAUACUGAGAAACUGAAGAAGUCUCUCAAAGUGAAAACGCGUUCCGGACGGAUAUCUCGCCCUCCUAAGUACAAAGCCAAAGACUACAAGUUCAUAAAGACGGAAGAUCUGGCGGACGGGCACGUGUCCGAUUCUGACGACUACUCAGAACUGAGCGUGGAAGAAGACGACGACCGGCGGGAGAAGCAGGCGCUCUUUGACUUAGCCAGCUGCUCCCUGAGGCCCAAAACAUUUCAGUGUCAGAGCUGCGAAAAGUCGUACAUAGGGAAGGGGGGCCUGGCCCGGCAUUUUAAACUUAACCCAGGCCACUGCCUGGGGAGGUUACCUGAGACAGCCCACGGAAGCCUGAUCCAGGGGUGCGUGGCGGCAGGGCCGGUGAGCCUGACCUCCCCAGAGCUGGCGACGCCCACGGAGGAAGGGCCCCUGUCCUGCUGUGCCAGAGGGGCAGAGUCAGCGCACCAUGGACUACAGAAUGGGCAGUCUACAGAAGCUGAAGAGGUGCUGGUGACUGAGCCAGAAAGCAAAAGUCCUGCAGCUCUUCUGGGAUCACAGACACACCUGGGCUGUGCAGGAAGUGGAGACCCCGAGACUCCAGCAGAGCCCAGCGCAGCAGAGGCCGGUGCAGCUGUCCUCCCGCAGAGCAGAGCAAGGGGGCAGCGGGCGUCGAGGGGCCGAGCCGAGCUCCAGCAGCUUCUGCAGCAGUGUGACCCGGAGGACCUCGUGGAGCUGGCUCUGCCCCAGCUGGCUCGGGCGGUGACCCUGUAUGAAUUUCUCCUGAUGAAGGUUGAAAAGGGCCAUCUUGCAAAACCCUUUUUCCCAGCCGUCUAUAAGGAAUUUGAGGAGCUGCAUAAAAUGGUGAAGACACUGUGUCAGGAUUACCUGAGUGGUUCCAGCCCAGGUCCCCAGGAGCCCUUGGAAGUAAACAACGAUGCGGUAGCUGAGUCCCUGGGGAUCACAGAAGAAUUCAUGAGGAAAAGAGACAUGUGCACGGACUGCCUUGCAGCCCAGUGCCCCGGCCCAGAGGGCAGGGAGAGGCUGGAGGAAGCCAGCGGACAGAAGAGGGGCAGUGAGGCCACACAGGACCUGCAGGCCUCAGUGAAAAGGACCAGAACUGAAACUCUGCCGGAGGACACUGCCGAGUCUCCUGCUGCCGAGGGCACGGGCCAGGCGAAGCCCAGGCCCUUGUGCGAUCCAGCUGCCGGUCUUGCCUGUCCAGCAAAUGAGAACGCUUCUCCCCGUUCUGAAAGCAGCCAGGCGGUGACAGGCUGCGAUGGUGGCAGAAGCCUGGUACACGAGGGCCGGCAGCUGAAGGCAUUUGCUGACUCAGAGGCCAGAAGUGGCUGUGUGGGCCCUGCCCCCUGCUGUUCGGACCGUGGUGGAGCUCCUCCUUGCAUUCAGCUGGGAGAGCCCGCGAGGCUGGCCCGGCUCCAGCAGGCACCGCUUCCUGAUCGGAAGGCUCUGGGACACUCUUCAGACCAGGACACGGGGGACAGCCCGAGGGGCCCGGCGGCCUGCAGCACACUGUCAGCGGGCGGAGGAGUGCAGCCUCUGCUGCUCGGCGCCUCCGGGAGCCGUGGGAGGCGCGAUGCCCACCUCCCUGGCCAGCAGGCCAGGCCCAGCCCUGACCUGCUCACAGCGGCUGCGGCCCCUCCCCUGGAGAAAGCUGUGCCCGCGGGUGUCGGGCCGGUUGACUGUGCCUGCAGCACCGUGUCUCAGCCAGGGCCUCAGCCUGGCAAGGACGGAUCGCUGUCCACCAGAGGGGGUGUUGAAAGCCACACAGGGAACUUGAACCAGUUCCCCUGUGGGACGGAGGUGCAUGGCAGCCAGAGAGAACUGGAGGGCAUGGUUGCUGUGGGUGAAGCUGUGGCUUUUGAAAUACCCAGUGGGUGCCAUGAGCAGAUCCUCAUUCAGACUCCUGACGGGCUCAUCCUGUCCCAUCCAGGUACGAUAGUGUCACAGCAGGACGUUGUCAUAGUCACUGAGGCCGCGGGGACCGCCCUGCAGAUGGCUGCAGCCGAGGGGGUUCCUCUGGCAACCGUGGAGCCGCUCCUCACCGAGGAGGCGAGUGACGAGGAGGCGUAGCCAUGAUCCUAGACUCGUGUGUGUUUCAUCCAAAGAAGCUGUUUCCAGCAAUGUCUAUUUUUCUAAACACUGACACAUAUGGACUUCGUAUUUAUAAAGAACUAUGCACUCACGUCCUGCUGCCCACACUUUAUGCACUCGUGUCCUGCUGUCCACACUCUGUGCACUCGCGUCCUGCUGCACACACUCUGUGCACUCACGUCCUGCUGCCCACACUCUGUGCACUCGCGUCCUGCUGCACACACUCUGUGCACUGGCGUCCUGCUGCCCACACUUUGUAGAGCUCACGUCCUGCUGUCCACACUCUGUGCACUCACGUCCUGCUGCCCACACUCUAUGCACUCAUGUCCUGCUGUCCACACUCUGUGCACUCACGUCCUGCUGUCCACACUCUGUGCACUCGCGUCCUGCUGCACACACUCUGUGCACUCGCGUCCUGCUGCCCACACUCUGUGCACUCGCGUCCUGCUGUCCACACUCUGUGCACUCACGUCCUGCUGCCCACACUCUGCACUCGCGUCCUGCUGCCCACACUCUGUGCACUCGCGUCCUGCUGUCCACACUCUGUGCACUCACGUCCUGCUGUCCACACUCUGUGCACUCGCGUCCUGCUGUCCACACUCUGUGCACUCGCGUCCUGCUGUCCACACUCUGUGCACUCACGUCCUGCUGUCCACACUUUGUGCACUCACGUCCUGCUGUCCACACUUUGUAGAGCUCCUCAGAGCGAUGGCAGAUACGCGACCUGAUAGCAAACCCACGAACCUCCUUCAGAGGCUUCGUUGUGGAAAAUGGAAUUAAAAGAUACAUUUCUCUGUUGCCACGGCA